AUGUGUGGUACUCUGCGGCCGUUGGUGAUGGCCAGAAAGCCGCAAAAAUGGUCGAAAUGUGCGAGAGCCUCCAGCGACACAUGGCCGUACGAGUCCGAGUCAGUUUGGGCAAUGCGCCGUGGCAGCUGGCAGCGCAAUGUUGGAGGCAGCGCAGCCGCGGUGGAGUCUUCCGGGGACAUAGUGACGCCCCGUGCACGGCCCUUCCAAAUUAACACCGGUAUCAAAACUCAAGAGAUGACGGUCUCAUCACCACCGCCUGGCUAUCCUGAUUCUGCGCGACCGAAGAAGCUGCAGUCGCCCGUCCCUGUGUCGACGCUCCCACCGCCAAGCUGGAAUCUACCACCGUCACGCCCGGCCAGAUCAUGGGUGGCCAUGAUCGGCCAGCAGUCAGUGUCGAAGAAGCAGAGCAUGAGUACGGCUCCCGGCAGGGCGAACAGCUGCGAAACACGCAUCGCUGACUUGCGCCACAGCUAUGAGGCCCUCCCGCCAAACUUCUCGCUCGGCGCGAACAUGCUGGCGGGCGCGUUCGCAGGCAUUGCGGAACACUCGGUCAUGUACCCCGUCGACAUGCUCAAGACGAGGAUGCAGGUCAUCAACCCGGGGCCUACAGCGACAUACCAGAACUCGAUCGCCAAUGCCCUCGUGACCGUGUCGAGGGCAGAGGGCUUCCGGUCGCUAUGGAAGGGGCUCUCCAGUGUCAUUCUGGGCGCCGGCCCUGCGCACGCUGUUUAUUUCGCGUCCUACGAGGCCGCAAAACACGCUCUCGGUGGAAACGAGGGCGAGAGCCAUGAACACCACCCCCUCGCUGCAGCUGCCAGCGGUGCCGCAGCCACCAUCACCAGCGAUGCGCUGAUGAACCCAUUCGACGUUAUCAAACAGCGCAUGCAAUUGCACGGCUCCAUCUACACCUCUGUCAGUCACUGCGCCCGGGACGUGUUCCGCAAGGAAGGCAUUGGCGCAUUCUACGUCUCGUACCCCACCACACUGUGCAUGACGGUGCCCUUCACAGCGCUGCAGUUCAUGUCAUACGAAUCGAUAUCCAAGGUCAUGAACCCCACUGGCCGUUAUGACCCGUACACGCAUUGCUUCGCUGGAGGUCUGGCUGGUGGCUUUGCUGCGGCGCUCACCACGCCUCUAGAUGUCAUCAAGACACUGCUGCAGACACGAGGAAGCGCUCGCGACGUUGAGUUGAGGACAGUCUCUGGCCUGCUCCAGGCAGCCAAGAUUAUACACCAGAGGGAGGGCUACAAGGGCUAUUUCCGUGGCCUGAAACCCAGGAUCAUCACCACAAUGCCCAGCACGGCGAUUUGCUGGUCUGCGUACGAGAUGGCAAAGGCGUUUUUUAUUGCGCGUAGCACCAACCCCAACACCGCUUUAUAA